CACACAUACAGUAGGUUGUAAGCCAGAGCGACGGUCACGAUGUGGAGGUCCAUCUUGCUCGCGGCGGUGGUCGCGCUGGCGCUGGCGCCGGCGCCGGCGCUGGGGAUCCCGUUCAGGGAGGAAGACCUGGCCUCGGAGGAGAGCCUGCGGGGGCUCUACGAGAGGUGGAGGAGCCACUACACGGUGUCGCGGGGGGGCCUCGGCGCCGACGCGGAGGAGCGCCGGUUCAACGUGUUCAAGGAGAACGCGCGGUACGUCCACGAGGGCAACAAGAAGGACAGGCCCUUCAGGCUGGCGCUCAACAAGUUCGCCGACAUGACCACGGACGAGUUCCGGCGUACGUACGCCGGGUCCAGGGUGCGGCACCACCUCUCCCUCAGCGGCGGCCGCCGGGGCGACGGAAGCUUCAGGUACGAAGACGCCAACAACCUGCCGCCGGCGGUGGACUGGCGGCAGAAGGGCGCCGUCACCGGCAUCAAGGACCAAGGGCAGUGCGGGAGCUGCUGGGCGUUCUCGACGAUCGUGGCGGUGGAGGGCAUCAACAAGAUCAGGACGGGGAAGCUGGUGUCGCUGUCGGAGCAGGAGCUCAUGGACUGCGACAACGUCAACAACCAGGGCUGCGACGGCGGCCUCAUGGACUACGCCUUCCAGUUCAUCCACAAGAACGGGAUUACCACCGAGUCCAACUACCCGUACCAAGGCGAGCAGGGCAGCUGCGACCAGGCAAAGGCGAGUGACAAUAAUCCCCGGCUUCCGGCCGUUAGCCGAGAAUCUUGUCUCAAAAUUUUAAAAAUCGCAUGCCAAAUGUUGCAGGAAAAGGCUCAUGCCGUGACGAUCGACGGCUACGAGGACGUCCCCGCCAACGACGAGUCCGCUCUACAGAAAGCCGUCGCCGGCCAGCCCGUGUCCGUGGCAAUAGACGCCAGCGGCAACGACUUCCAGUUCUACUCAGAGGGCGUCUUCACCGGAGAAUGCAGCACGGAUCUCGACCACGGCGUCGCCGCCGUCGGGUACGGCACUACCAGGGAUGGCACCAAAUACUGGAUCGUCAAGAACUCGUGGGGAGAGGACUGGGGUGAGAAAGGCUACAUCAGGAUGCAGCGCGGGGUGUCGCAGGCAGAGGGGCAGUGUGGCAUCGCCAUGCAGGCGUCCUACCCAACGAAGUCGGCACCACAUGCUAGCACAGUCAGGGACGGGUCUCAUACGGAUGAGCUCUAGAUGACAUGCAUACACGCGAUCAUUCCGAGUGCGAGCUCUGCGUUGAGGAGAACUGAAUCUCCCACUGUUGUGUUAUUUACUUUAUGCAAGAUGUUACCAUACGAAUGUAAUAAGCGUAAGCAAAGGGCAUUAUAGCAAAAGAAUUGCAACUAAUU